AUGGGGUUUCGACUAUUCGUUUGCCGUUAAACGACGCUGUAGAUCGUAUGUACGGUUUGAUGACUGGCGAAUGGCUUUGUGAAAUCGAACCGAAACAGCCAAAUAUCAAGUCCACACAGUACAUCUAGUCGAGCACAGCGACGUUCGACAGAACGAAAUCGAGCCAUGGUAGAGAUAUCUCUUACUCCAGUGGUCUGUGCAACAUCGUUGCUUCUAGUCUGGGCAGCAUACGUUGCGUACAUGAUAGUAUGGCGCUUAUACUAUCAUCCUCUUUCCAAGUUUCCUGGUCACAAGAUCGUAGCAGUCUCACGAUGGUACGAGGCAUACUAUGAGAUAGUGAGAAAGGGCACGUACUAUGAAAAGAUACAGGAGUUUCAUGACCAGUAUGGUCCUGUUGUACGCGUGGGCCCAGAUGAGUUGCACGUCAGAGACAGUUUAUUUUAUGACGAGCUUUACGCAAAGAACCAGAGAGUCAUCAGGCCAGGUUGGGAGAAUCGAUUUGGAAAUCCAGGGGCUAUGAUUGCCACGCCAUCCCACGUGAUACAUCGACAGAGACGGGCGGUGUUGAAUCCACUGUUCUCUCGACGGUCGAUCCUUGAAUUUCAGGGCAUCGUUCAGCAACAUGUUCGGCACCUCGUAGAGAGAAUACAUGAAUAUCGCAGGGCUGGUAAGCCAGUCACUCUGAGCGAUGGAUUCUGUGCCGUGACCGGAGACAUCAUCAUGGACUAUGCGUUCGGUUUCAACUACAACCACGUAGGAAAGGAUAAUUUCGAGUCGUUUCGGGAAGCAUUGAUGACUAGUGGUGACAUGGGGCACAUCGGAACGUUCUUUCCAACAUUCUUUUCACUUGCGUUCUCCUUGCCAGCUCCAGUGAUCGAAAUGAUGGAGUCGAAGAUGUCAAGUCUGUUACUAUUUCGAAGGAACCUGUCGGAUCUGCUGGAUCGUGUGAUCCGAGGCAACCAUCCACAUGAAAAACGAUAUGAGCGCACAGUAUUUCAGGAGAUCUUGAACAGCGACCUUCCUCCAGAAGAAAAGACAAAGGCACGCCUAACAGACGAGGCAUUCGGCAUCGUCGGAGCUGGUGUCACAACAGUUGCCUUUACUCUCAUGGUCGGGGCAUUCCACAUCAUCAACAACGCGGCUAUCCAUCGGACUCUCAAGCAGGAGCUCAAAAGCGCUUUACCUGGGGACGAUAUCGUUCCUGACCUACUUGAACUUGAGAAAAUACCGUAUCUCAAGGCUUGCAUCCAGGAAGCCGUACGUCUAUCAUACGGUAUUACCGCGAGAAAUCCACGACAGCAUGAUCGUCCCAUGCAUCUCCACGGAUGGACCAUUCCAGCUUUUACGACAAUCUCGAUGACGACAAUAGACGUGCACCAUGAUGAGAACAUCUUUCCGGACUCGUUCAAGUUUAUACCGGAGCGCUGGCUUAAUAGUCCACGUGCACCUGAUGGCGAAGCACUUGAUCACUAUCUCGUUUCCUGGGGCAAAGGUCCGCGAGCGUGUAUCGGCAUAAACCUGGCGUGGGCGGAGCUGUUUCUUACAAUGGGUAGCAUAUUCCGAUCGUUCGACUUUGAGAUGUUCGAGACAGACGCGAGCGACGUGACGUUCAAGCACGAUUUCUUUAUCCCAGAGUCGAAGCUGGACAGUAACGGGCUGCGAGUUCGCGUAGGUUGACGGCAAGACGUUCGCAAUGCCCUCAUAGCGCGUUG